AUGGAAGAUCCUUCAAAAAUUGCAACACCUCCACAAUUUUUGCAGGUCUCAGGAAAAUGUGGUCCUUUGUGGAUGACAAGGAGCGCUGGAUCAUUGGGAACGGGGUUGCAGGACAAGAUCAAAUUGGUUGGUAUUGACCUUCAAAAUAGGCCUGCUUGGUACAAGGAAAAGGUCAACCCUGCAAAUAAGGUCCCUGCAUUGGAACACAACAACAAAAUUAUAACAGAAAGCCUUGAUUUGAUCAAAUAUGUUGACAGCAAUUUUGAAGGGCCCGUCUUUCUCCCUGAUGUGGAUAUAGCAUAUGCUCCAUUUGUUGAAAGAUUUCAACUUCUUCUACUCGAUAUGAAGAAGUAUGACAUCACAGCUGGGAGGCCAAAACUAACAACAUGGAUUGAGACAUUAGUAGCUCGUAUGGUUCUAUUUCAGGCAUUGCCUGCACAAGAUGUGAGAGGUCUUAAUAGUAAUGGGAUGGAAAGGAGGCAAUUCAAUACAGAGAAAACAUCACUCUCAAGGGUUUUCCUUGCCAGAAUCACUAAAAUAGUCAUAUGCCUAAUUAUGUGUAAUCUUCUGGUGGAUAUAGCAUAUGCUCCAUUUGUUGAAAGAUUUCAACUUCUUCUACUCGAUAUGAAGAAGUAUGACAUCACAGCUGGGAGGCCAAAACUAACAACAUGGAUUGAGGAGAUGGAUAAGAUCGAGGCCUACAAACAAACCAAAUGGGAUCCCCAUGAGCUAAUUACAGCCUUGAAAAGACAUCUUUCAAGAUAA